AUGUUUCCCCAGUGGUUCUGCCGUUCCUCCCCCUCUUCCUUCCUCUCAUCCUCCUGCUGCGUCCCUCUGGACUCUUCCACAGCUGCAUCCAGCCAACCAGCUGUUCRGCAGUCUAGUUCGUCUUGGAUCCAGACGCAGACCCACCUGUUCACAUCGUGUCUGUCGUUCUACUCCAUUCUGGGCGAGCUGAACGACUACGCCGGCCAGAGGGAGGUGGUGGCGGAGGAAAUGUCCCACAAGGUUUACAACGAGCUGAUGAGGUACAGCCAGGAGCUGAAGGCCGAGCGGAAACACCACCUACAGGAAGGAAGGAAGGCUCAGCAGUUUUUGGAUCACUGCUGGAAACAGAUGGACAACAGUAAAAAGAAGUUUGAGAGGGAGUGCAGAGAAGCAGAGAAAGCGCARACCACCUACGACCGGCUAGAUAACGACAUCAACGCCACCAAGUCCGAGGUGGAGAAGGCUAAAGCGCAGCUCUACAUGCGGACCCACAUGGCGGACGAGAGUAAAAACGAAUAUGCUGCUCAGCUCCAGAACUUCAACGGAGAGCAGUGGAAACAUUUUAAUAACUCCAUACCACAAAUAUUUAAGAAUCUCCAAGGCAUGGACGAACGGCGAACGGUAAAACUCGGUGAAACGUAUCGAAGCUUCGCGGAGGCCGAGCGGAGAGUCAUUCCCAUCGUCACCAAAUGUCUGGAUGGGAUGGUUUCUGCUGCCAAGUCCGUCGACGAGCGGCGGGACUCGACUAUCGUGGUGGAGUCGUUUAAAUCCGGCUUCGAACCACCGGGAGACUUUCCGUUUGAGGACUUCAGUCAGAACUUGAGCAGGACGGGUUCGGACGGGACCAUCAGCAACACGCCGAAAGGCGAGAGAGAGCUGGCUCCGGUGCCGCGCUCCGAAGCAAAACACACGAUAAGCAAAGGCAAGAAUAAACUCUGGCUGUUUGGGAAGAAACCAAAGGUUCCGUCUCUGGAGGAUUUCAGCCACUUGCCUCCUGAGCAGAGGAGGAAGCGGCUGCAGCAGAAGAUCGACGAACUGAACCGGGAGCUGCAGAAGGAAACGGAUCAGAGGGACGCCUUGAACAAGAUGAAGGACGUGUACGAGAAGAACCCGCAGAUGGGCGACCCCAACAGCCUGCAGCCCAAAAUCUCUGAGACCAGCUGCAACAUCCAGAAGCUGCGCUCAGAAAUCCACAAAAACGAGACGUGGCUGUCGGAGGUGGAGGGGAAGCAGAGCUCCAGAGGAGACCGACGGCACAGCGCAGACAACCACCAGCACACGCCUCAGGGCAGGGAGAGCCCGGAGGGCAGCUACAACGACGACACCAGCCAGGAGCAUCAGACGCCGCAUCGCACGCCGCAGCACCGCCCCGCGCAGCCGGCCCAACCCAACCACGACCCGCACGAGUUCGACGACGAGUUCGACGACGACGACCCGCUUCCCGUCAUCGGACACUGCAAGGCCCUCUACUCCUUCGACGGGCAGAAUGAGGGGACUCUGACGAUGGCAGAGGAUGAGGUGCUGUACAUCAUCGAAGAGGACAAAGGCGACGGCUGGACGCGGGCCAGGAAGCAGAGCGGCGAGGAAGGCUACGUUCCCACUUCCUACGUAGAAAUCACCAUCGAGAAAAACAGCAAAGGUGCCGUGACGUACAUCUGAGGCGCCGCCGCCUCCUGUCUGUCGUUGCCUCCAUGUUUGCCUUUUAGCGUCAGCGUGGCGCCGCAGCAUCCAAACGCCGUCCGUCCCCCUGGACCGGUGCUGGGAGGGACAAACGGGACGAACCUGCUGAGCUCAGUAUCAAUCAGAUUAUUUUAGAAAACGUUAUGUAAUAUAUUAGAAACUUUUUAUUUCAUAUUUUUUGGAUGAAACAAUCAAGUUCCCUGAUUUUAAGCUCUUUUUGUGUUGUGCAUUUUUGCACUUUUUUGUUAUCUGUGCCAUCCUGCCGGUUUGUCUUCACUAAUGCAGUUUUUAUGCACACGAGUUCAUUUCAUGCAGUCUUUUAAGAAGUAAAAACAUUAAGAUGACUUUUUGUGCUUUUCUUCCUGCAAACAAUCCCCACCACAAACUGAGCUGCUUACAUCAGGAACGUUUUUUAUCUUUGUUAGAUUUGCAGAGUUUUGUGCAGCUAAGUUCUGACCUCAYGUUUUCUCUUCAAUAGUUAACAACAUUUAAAAACUUUAGAUACUUUCUCUUAGCGUUUAUUAAUAAUUGUACGAAAUUCUGAUUCUUCAAGUUUCUCGAUAGAAGUUGCAGCACAAAUGAACAUUUCCUUGUUUUCUGCAGAGUUCACAGUUCAGUUUGUGCAUGAAAAGGAACAAAYGAGGGUUUAGCCUGGUGGUUUGSUGGGGAAGAAAAGCAACAUGGCCGUCUUUUAGGAUCUGGUUCAGUAAGAAGGAUGUUUGUAUGAAGUUUGCAGGAUUAUUUCAAUAAUUCAGAUUUUAUUCUGCUGUGUUUCUUUUUGGUUCGUUCCAAAUCCAAGCUUUUAUUGUCUGUUUGGCAUAAACAAAUUAAAAUAUUUGAAARAAGA